CUGUGGUGGGAGAGCUGAGCGGAGGAUUAUUGACGGGCUGUUGGUCUGCCAUUUGUUGGUGUUCUAGUACACGUUUGUGUCUACUUUAUAUAUCUUGUUGACUAGAGUGAGAGGCCGUGUUUACCUUUUGCUUUGGAGGCUGUCUACUAUUAAGCACUACCCCGCGGUGAAGGCCAUACGGCAAUAUGCGCCUCAUCAAGAACAAAAUCGAGCACAAUGGCUCCGGUACGGUGACGCUGUGUCCGGAGGAGCCGGAGGAUAUGUGGCACGCAUACAACCUCAUCCGACCCAACGAUCUCCUCCGCGCCAGUGCCAUCCGUCGCGUCACCUCCACCCAAGAGACCGGAUCGACGACCUCCGCACGAGUUCACCUGAUGCUGGAGAUCCGCGUCAAGAACCUCGACUUCGACCCGCAGAGCUCGCAGCUGCAUGUUAGCGGGACCAUCGUGAACGAGACGGCGCAUACGAAGAUCGGACAGCACCAUACGCUCGAUUUGGAACUCAAUCGGAAUUUCACGUUGGAGAAGGAGGUCGGAGCGGACGGCGAGGGCGUUGGAUGGGAUAGUAUCGCAGUGCAGAUGUUGAAGGAUGCGGUGGACGAAGGGGGCAACCGGAGAGCCGAGGCCGUGGCCGUGGUGAUGCAGGAAGGCCUGGCGCAUAUUUGCUUUAUCGGGCAGUUUCAGACUAUCCUCAAGCAGAAGGUCGAGAUGUCGGUGCCCAGGAAACGACAUGGUGGGGGUGAUCAUGAUAAGGGCAUGUCCAAGUUCUUCCAGGUUACACUCGAUACGCUGCUGCGCCAGCUAGAAUUCAACACCAACUCCGCGGCACUCACGAGCAACGAGGCCGUUCGACCUGUCCUCCUGGCGUCUCCUGGCUUCGUGGCCGCCGGUUUCCAAAAGUACAUCCAGUCGGUGGCAUCCACCACGACGCCGGCACUCAAACGGCUCCUGCCCAGCAUUGUGGUCGUACAUUCUGCCUCUGGGUAUCUCCACUCUUUAGCGGAGGUACUGCAGUCGCCUGCUGUGAAGACGAUCCUCGCCGACACCAAGUAUGCGCGCGAGACCAAGCUCAUGGACGACUUUCUGGAGCAACUGCGCAAGGAAACCAACAAGGCGACGUACGGGCCCCGCGAGGUCGAAUCAGCUGUCGACCAGGGCGCCGUCGGCCGCGGCGGCGGCGUGCUGAUCAUCUCCAAUCGGCUGUUUAGGUCACAGGACGUGGCGGAGCGCAAACGCUGGGUGUCACUGGUGGAUCGAGUGCGGGAUAUUGAAGGAGGCGAAGUGCGGGUGCUCAGCUCGGAUCACGAGAGUGGAAGGCGACUCGAUGGGUUGGGAGGUGUAGCGGCCCUGUUGACGUUUCCUAUAGUGGAUGAUGAUAUAGAGGAAGACGACCAAUAAAGCCUAGAUCUGAUGUCCUGAUACAUAGGAUCUGUUGUUCCGGAGAAUAUUGUACAUAUCUAUUUCUUUCCUUCUUGGAGCUUACCUUCUAAUCACUGUGGGUGUGACCCGCAGGAGUAGGGUGGCAUUGGACCUGACGGGCUGUCCAAUAUCCUGGAUCUGAUAGGCGGGCUAUCUCUUCAUAUUCAAGUAGCUGGGCAUGUUAGCCUUCUCAUGUCAGUCUGAUAGGAAGGCCCGAGGGAUCUUCAAUGACUGCCAUCAUUGUUUAUUGCUGUUGGUCCGCGGUUUUCUACAGGAGGUUACUAUGAGAGGGGAGCAAACCAUCCUCUGGUUUGUAUUAAAGAUUUGUCAUUCACUAUUCAAGAUUCUUGAGCGUGUGACUUCGCAGGCCACAGGAGUACCCUUCGUUGAUUGCUACCACCGACAUGGCUG